AAAUUAGUGUUUGACAAAUUGCUAUGAUCGCAAUAGAAAGAAAGUCAUGUAAAAGUCAAUUCCCCUCUUCGCCUUUUCAGGGUAAACGCAUUUUUCAGUUAUCAUUCGAAAACUUUGUUCAUGUCCUUUGCCCUUUGUAAGCUUUUUUAUCUGAAAGAGUAGAUGGGAAGUACCUACUGGUGUCGAUGGAACGGGAAAACUUGGGAACCUUUUUUGUUACAACCACUAACACAAAGUUUCGUUUGCAGCAAUGAAGGCCAAGAGACUUCACCUUAUUUUUGUGUAGAAAACAACAACGUAGAUAUAAACUAUGAACAGGAUUUGGAGAAAAAAGGUUUCCACGAUGGCUAUUUGGCAGGUUGUCUACAGACAAGUAGUGGUGGCAAUGCUCAACUUCCAAUCGAACAACAUGAGCUGACAGAAUCUUUAUCUCACUUUUCACCAAAUAUUAACUUGGAAGAUAAGAGCGUUCGUUUUGUGAACAAGUCAUACCGCUCUGGUAUGAAAACCAAGUCAAAGCGUAAGUUACAAAACGAGUGGAAAAAGAAAACGAACCGUGGGUACAGUCCUUCUUCAAGUGAGAGUGUUCACUGCGAUUCCCUGUUACAGCUGCCGUUUAAUCUAUUGGAAACCGAAAGGGUUCAACAAGAAGUACAAGAACUGGAGGCAAGUAUUGACGCAGAGUUUGUGAAAGUUGUACGUGAAAGGACUCCUCCUUUAUGGCCUAUACUGGGUUUGAAUCUUGCAUAUAGUGAAAGUUGAGAAGUAUUCUAUUCUAUUUACGUAGAACCUGAUAGAUAAAACUUAGUAGGAUAUGAAUGUAUAUGUAUACAGUUAUAAUUGAGUGUCGAUAAAGGAAAACUCUUGGAAUGAAAAGAAUUAUUUUUGA